AAAGUCCUACCUGGUAGAGACCAACUAAUCAGAACAGUGAUGACAAAGGGAGUGGCUGGCAUUGGGAAAACAGUCUUAACACAGAAGUUCACUCUGGACUAGGCUGAAGACAAAGCCCACCAGAACAUCCAGUUCAUAUUUCCAUUCACCUUCAGAGAGCUGAAUGUGCUGAAAGAAAAAAGUUCAGUUUGGUGGAACUUGUUCAUCACUUCUUUACUGAAACCAAAGAAAUCUGCAGCUUUGAACACUUCCAGGUUCUGUUCAUCUUUGAUGGCUUGGAUGAGAGUCGACUUCCUCUGGACUUCCACAACAAGGAGAUCCUGACUGAUGCUACAGAGUCCACCUCAGUGGAUGUUCUGCUGACAAACCUCAUCAGAGGAACACUGCUUCCUUCUGCUCUUCUCUGGUUAACCACACGACCUGCAGCAGCCAAUCAGAUCCCUCCUCAGUGUGUUGGCAUGUUGACAGAGAUUAGAGGUUUUAAUGACUCACAGAAGGAGGAGUACUUCAGGAAGAGAUUUAGAAAUAAGGAGCAGGCCAGCAGGAUCAUCUCCCACAUGAAGACAUCACGAAGCCUCCACAUCAUGUGCCACAUCCCAGUCUUCUGCUGGAUCACUGCUACAGUUCUGGAGGAUGUGUUGGAGACCAGAAAGGAAGAAGAGCUGCCCAGCACCCUGACUGAGAUGUACAUCCACUUCCUGGUGGUUCAGACCAAAGUGAAGAAGGUCAAGUAUGAUGGAGGAGCUGAAACAGAUCCACACUGGAGUCCAGAGAGCAGGAAGAUGAUUGAGUCUCUGGGAAAACUGGCUUUUGAUCAGCUGCAGAAAGGAAACCUGAUCUUCUAUGAAUCAGACCUGACAGAGUGUGGCAUCGAUAUCAGAGCAGCCUCAGUGUACUCAGGAGUGUUCACACAGAUCUUUAAAGAGGAGAGAGGUCUGUACCAGGACAAGGUGUUCUGCUUCGUCCAUCUGAGUGUUCAGGAGUUUCUGGCUGCUCUUCAUGUUCAUCUGAACUUCAUUAAUUUUGAGGUCAACCUGAUGGAUGAAAUGCAAACAUCUAAGAAUUUCUUAUUAAUUAAUAAACCUGAACUAAAAUCUCUCCAUCAGAGAGCUGUUGACCAGGCCUUGCAAAGUCCCAAUGGACACCUGGACUUGUUUCUUCGCUUCCUCCUGGGACUUUCAAUGCAGACCAAUCAGAGACUCUUACAAGGUCUGCUGACACAGACAGGAAGUAGCACACAGACCAAUCAGGAAACAGUUCAGUACAUCAAGGAGAAGAUCAGUAAGAUUGUGUCUGCAGAGAAAAGCAUCAAUCUGUUCCACUGUCUGAAUGAACUGAAUGAUUGUUCUCUAGUGGAGGAGAUCCAACAGUCUCUGAGUUCAGGAAGUCUCUCCACAGAUAAACUGUCUCCUGCUCAGUGGUCAGCUCUGGGUUUCAUCUUAGUGUCAUCAGGAAAAGAUCUGGAUGUGUUUGACCUACAGAAAUACUCUGCUUCAGAGGAGGUUCUUCUGAGGCUGCUGCCAGUGGUUAAAGUCUCCAACAAAGCUCUACUGAGUGUCUGUAACCUCUCAGAGAGAAGCUGUGAAGCUCUGUCCUCAGUUCUCAGCUCCCAGUCCUCCAGUCUCAGAGAACUGGACCUCAGUAACAACAAACUGAAGGAUUCAGGAGUGAAGCUUCUCUCUGCUGGACUGAAGAGUCCAAACUGCAACCUGGAAACUCUCAGCUUAUCAGGCUGUUUGGUCUCAGAGGAAGGCUGUGCUUCUCUGGCCUCAGCUCUGACCUCCAACCCCUCCCAUCUGAAAGAGUUGGACCUGAGCUACAAUCAUCCAGGAGACUCAGGAGUGAAGCUGCUGUGGGCUGGACUGAAGGAUCCACACUGGAGACUGGAAGCUCUCAGGGUGGAGCCUGCUGGAGGCCGAUUCUUGACACCAGGUCUGAGGAAGUAUUCCUGUCAACUCACCAUCGACACAAACACAGUGAGCAGAGAGAUCCAACUCUCUGAAGACAACAGGAAGGUGACAUGUGUGAAGGAGCUUCAGUCAUAUCCUGAUCAUCCAGACAGAUUUGAUCUUCCUCAGCUUCUUUGUAGAACUGGUCUGACUGGUCGCUGUUACUGGGAGGUUGAGUGGAAAGGAAGAGUUGAUAUAUCAGUGAGUUACAGAAGAAUAAGGAAGAAAAGAGACAGUAGAGACUGUAGGUUUGGAUGGAAUGAUCAUUCCUGGAGGCUGAGCUGCUCUGAUGAUGAUGGUUACUCUGUCUGUCACAAUAACACAGCAACUCGUUUCUCCUCCUCCUCUGUCUCUCACAGAGUAGCAGUGUAUGUGGACUGUCCUGCUGGCAUUCUGUCCUUCUACAGAGUUUCCUCUGACUCACUGAUCCUCCUCCACACCUUCAACACCACAUUCACUGAAACUCCGCUUCCUGGAUUUGGGUUCUGGUUCAGUCCUGGUUCCUCAGUGUUUCUGUACUGAGUUUAAAGAGUUUCCUCCUGUCAGAUAAACUUUCACUGCUUAUGAUAAUUCAGUAUCUACAUGUCUGUUUCACUCAGAAACAUGUUUUCUUGGAUCCAGGAUAUUCAGGAUAAUUCCAGGAACCCUCAUUUUUUCCAGUCAAAAUUUGACAAUGAAUCUAAGGAUGCUGUGUUUCUCUUGAUUAUUUCCCUUUCAUUAAUCAGUGAGAUUUCUUUGACUUUACUGCAGUUUUUCUCAAUCACUAGACAUUUUCUGUUUCUUUCAUCUCCCAUUUCCUUAAAUCCAUCUUGGAUUCAAAUGUUAAAUAUUCCUUUUGUAUAUUUGCUGCAGUUAUUCUUCAUGUAUUUAGUGAACAAUAAAUGCAUUU